UGUCUGAGGAAGUGAGUGAAGCAAAGGAUUUGCAGCCCAAUCCAAAAGAAGACAUCCAAGAUCUUCGUAAAGCAUUAAAACAAUGGGAAUCUGCAUUUUACAUUGUGCACCAACGAAAACCAGACAAGGAAGAUAUUGCUAAAGCUCCAAAAGACAUUAAAGACCAAUAUCACCAAUACUUCAAUUUGAAAAAAGGUUCUGGUUCAGGAGCUGCUACAAGCAUUAAGUCACCAACUCUGCAAGUUCAAGGUGACGUCUGGGGAGCAGAACUAAACAAGAAACCUAAAGCUGGUCAAGUCGACUCGGAGAAUAAAAAAUGUGCUGAUGCAUCAAAAACCAGUUUAAGCAAACUUGGAGCCAAACUUUCCCAGAACUUGCUGAAAACAUCAUUGCCUGAGAAACUUAAUCUGCAUAAAGUUAAAGGAGUUUUUAAGCCACAUGUGCUGACAGAAAAGGCCAGCCGUGAUGAUUCCUCCACAGAGAAAACCAACAGUGACACCGAAUGUCAUCAGGAUGGAAGCCCGUUACUGAAAGGAAACCAAAUCGUCAGUGACGCUGCCAAUGACAGUGAUGAAGAUUUCUCAAUCAAAGGAGAUAUUUUCAAAGGCGCAGCAAAACUUUUUGCUGGUGACCAGUCAUCAAAUAUAAAAAAAGUGUCUAUUACUGCCAAACCGAGACUAUCUUUUAUUUCUUCUGGUGCAUUGAAACAGAUAGAAUUAACAUCACAUGAUCAGUUUACAGAAUCAAAUGAUAUUUUAGCAUCUCAGGAACCUGCGAAGUCUUGCAUAAGUGUUGAUAGCAAUAAUAUUUAUAAAAAUGACCUUAAAAAAUCUCCUUUGUCUAGCGACAUUUAUAAAGCAUCCUCUUCCUCCAUGGCAACAGGCUCUAACAAACUUGUCGAUCACUCACACAUUUCCUCAAAUAUUUUAGCAGCUUUAAAACAUAAUGACGCUCAACAUCAUCUAGAAGAGGCUUUCCCACAAUGCAGUAGCUCUGGUGUUGCCAAGGAAACACUUCCACCACCUGAAAAAUUGAAAAAAACUGCCUUUUCAGACGCUUUUUUGUUCAUGGACUCUGAAGAUUCAGACUUAGUUGAACAGCCUUCCAAGCUAAAUGAAACUAAGGUCCAGAGGGAGAAGACUUCAUUGGCUGACGCUACAGCUGAUGCAGAACCUCUUUCUUCAAUUCGUACGGGCUCUAAAAAACCAAAGAGAUUACUCAAAGGCAGUAGUUCAACCUCAAAGCAAGACUCCCAGUUGACUCACAAGGAUUCUCAGUUUGAACAUGAGGACAUGAAAGAAGGUGAUAGUGAAGGUGAAAAAGCGCCUGCCAAGACUCAGAGCAGAAAAAGGAAAGCUGCAUCACUGAGUGAAAAUUUUGUUUGCUUAAAUAUGAAAAAGAAAGGAUAUCGAAGGAAAGGAGCUGGCAUGACAGGGGCACAACUGCGUAAGAAACAAUGGAAGGCUAAAAUGGCCUCCCGCAGCAAAAGUUUUGGUAGCAACAAAUGUUUUAAAUGUGGACAAGAGGGACACUGGGCCAAUAAGUGUACAGGUCAAGCUAAAAAUAGCUGGGCUUCACAAGCAGAAAACUUUGAUGUGACGCCUGUGGCCGAAUCAGAGUUUCCCAGUUUAAGAGAAGCAGCCAUGAUGAGCAGGGGCAUCAAAGAAGUAGAAAGUGAUGUCCAGCCUUCAAAAAUGGACGAUGACAUCACGGAUAUCGAGGCCACCAUCAUACGAGAAAAAUGUGAAGAUGCUGCACCCCCUCAGCCUGUACAGCCUUUGUCUAAAGUUGUAGACGAUAUUAAAGAAGAAACUAGAAAAGCUUUGGCUGUAUUUGGCUUUACUCGUUUCAAAACUGGCCAGGAGAAGAGCAUAGAGAGAAUACUGAAUGGGUUAUCAACUCUGGUUGUGCUGUCAACAGGUGGAGGCAAAAGUCUCUGCUACCAGUUACCUGCUUACCUCUACGCUCGCCAUCUUGGGGCGGUCACUUUGGUCAUCUCGCCUUUGGUGUCUUUAAUGGACGAUCAGAUAUCUGAGCUGCCCCCUGGGGUAAGAGGAGCAUGUUUACACUCAGGAAUGACCCCUGCCCAGAGAGAUGCGGUGCUCGCGGACCUCAGGGAGGGCAAAGUUCACUUCCUCUUGAUCUCACCGGAAGCCAUCGUCGACCGGUCUGGCUCGAGCCAAGGCUCAUUUCCUGGCCCGGACCGCCUGCCUCCUAUCGCUUUCGCCUGCAUCGAUGAAGCCCACUGUAUGUCUGAGUGGUCCCACAACUUCAGACCAUCAUAUCUCCGACUCUGCAAGGUACUCCGGCAGCGUUACGGUGUCAGGUGCUUCCUGGGUCUGACUGCCACAGCCACGAGGUCAACCUGCAGGGACGUGGUCAAGCAUCUUGGGAUUGAAGACCCAGAGACCGCCACGGUUCGUGGAGCAACCGUGCCCGACAACUUGGUACUGUCCGUAUCCAGGGACGCCAACAGAGAUGAGGCCUUGAUAGAGUUACUGAAGGGAGAUCGGUUCAAAUCCUGUGAGAGUAUCAUUAUCUACUGCUCACGUAGAGAACAGACAACACGUGUGGCUACACUCAUCAGGACCUCACUACAGUAUACACCUGAGUUAGUAGGUAGAUAUCAGCCUCCCCCUGCUAAAAAGCCCAGGAUAAAAAAAGCUGCGACUUUUGACCCCCGGGUGUGGACGUGUGAAAGCUACCACGCCGGGCUGACCGCCGCCAAGAGGCGAAGCGUCCAGAAGGCUUUUAUGUCUGGGCGGCUUCGGGUGGUCGUGGCCACUGUGGCCUUCGGAAUGGGAUUGGACAAGGCCAACGUCAGGGCUGUCCUUCAUUACAGCAUGGCCAAGUCCUUCGAGAGCUACGUUCAGGAAGUCGGCCGAGCAGGCAGAGAUGGACAAACUUCACACUGCCACGUUUUUCUGGACCCCGAGAACAAAGACUUGAACGAACUCAGACGCCACACAUUCGGUAACUCCAUUGACAGAGUCACGGUCAAGAGGCUGACCACGAGGGUAUUUCAACCCUGUCGCUGUGACUCAAUCUACGGAGAACUCGCUGCACAACAGGAUGUGUCUCCUAGAGAAGACAACUCGGAACGGACAGAUGCUAAAGCUGUAUGCGGUGGUCAUGAAAGAGCACUCCCCAUUGAAGAGACGGUCCGAUGGCUGGACAUUCGGGAAGAAGGUGUGGCCACGCUGCUGUGUUACCUGGAACUGCACCCCAAGGCCUGGGUUCAGAACAUGACCAGCGUCUACGCCACCUGCCGCGUCAAGUGUUACGGCGGCCCCAGUCAGCUCCAGGCGGUGGCAAAGAAGUGUCCUCCCGUGGCUGUAGCAAUCGCCAAGCAGAAGAAAGCAGGGCAACAGUUCUCACAUUGUAAUCAGGUGGAGUUUAACGUGGUGGACCUGUGUGACUCCAUGGGAUGGGACUCCGGCACCGUCAAGCGUGAACUGAAAUCUCUCGAGUGGGACACAGGCCCGGCCGGAUUCCGGAAAUCUGGAGUUUUGGUGGAGCUCUCCGACUUGGCCUUUCACUUCCGGUCACGUGGUGACCUCAGCGAUCAAGAGAUGGACGAGGUGACGGAAUUUCUGAGCGCGAGGUCACAGAGGCAGGAGAGGCUGGAAUUGCGACAGCUGGACAUGCUGUCUGAGGCGUUGAAAAGUGUGUCCUACAAGAACUACUGGAUGUGCAGCAACGAAGCAGACUUGGGGAGAAGCGACACACUCAAGGCUAAGCUUAAAGAAUACUUUGAAACAGAAGAGUGGACCACGAACGAGCACUCCGGCGAAGACAUGAAUCAAACAAAUAUUGAUAGCUCCACACUCCAGCAACUGUCCAGUGACGUUCGAGUCUUCAUCAACACCUAUGGUAGUGAACAUACUUUGACUGGAAGGACCAUUGCCAGAAUAUUCCACGGCAUCACUAGCCCGAACUUCCCCGCUGAAACCUGGGGCAGAGUGAGAAAGUUCUGGAGAGCCCACCUGAAUGUAGACUUUAACUUGGUCUGCCAGGAGGCAACUAGGGCUCUUGUGUCUAGGAAAUAAUGGUAGCCAUUUUGGAUGACAUGGCCUUGACCUUAAUAUGACCUAAAAACUAGGUUCUAGAUUGGUUUUGUAUCUGCAAAAAAAAAAUCAUCAGUUGAAACAAAGUGCCAGGAUGUGAAGUCUAAUGGACCAUGUACAGGUUUAUAUUUAGCUGAGUAUUAGAUUUCCUUGAGAGCUGACUUAUUGAUUGAUUGAUUGAAUGUGUUCUUUACUGUCAGACUGAUCCACAUUUUCCAAUGUAUUGCUCAUUUAUUAAACUUGUCCUGUAUUUAUUUUAUUGUUUCUUGUUCCCAUCUUAAAAUUUGUAAUUAGAACAGCCAAAUAAUUAAAAAAAAUGUAAUUAGUAUGAAGUCAGGAGAGAACAACUUUAUUUCUCAAUUUCCCCACAAUGUGUUUGGCUUCACAAUAAAGUUUUCUGUGUUCAAAAAAGUUUGUAUUUCUGAUUCUUUGUUCAGCGGAGUAGUUGUCCUUUGGGGG